AAUUGCCCUCGAAAAUGCAGUCACGAGCACUUCUGGCAAAGGGCAUCAGGGCUGCAUACGCGCACUGAAUCACCAAGCAGACGACUACUAAGAGUGGCUCUGAAGAACGGAAAGGGAUCGGAAUAACCCUCCUCGCGGCGUGCUUCAAGGAAGACAAAGAUCGAGGCCGCUAUCGUCGUUAUCGCCUCGGUCUCCCUCCAGCUUUCCAAGCAUCAACGAAACCUCGAAACGCCAGGCCUCUUCUUGUCAUACCAUUACACAUAAACAGCAUUAGCAUUUGCUUCAUCCUCUAUUCAAGAUGAGCAGGUCAGGCGGCGUCCCCAACGCCUGGGACGACGACUGGGAAACCCAGGCCGACCGCGAACGCACCGAGCGCAACAACGCAAAAGAGCCGCAAGUCGCGCCGCAGCCCAGCAUGAGCCGACAAGAGCGCCUGCAGCAGCACGCCGAAGCGAACCGGAAGCUAUGGGAAUCAGCCGACUCCCCGGAAACGCUGUACCACGUCGAAGCAAGCGGCGGCGUCCCCCUGACCGCAUCCUUCAAGCCCCAGGUAAAGGUCCUCAGCCGCAAGCCCGUCGUCGCCAAGCGGAACCCUUCUGCCGCGGGCGGCGCGUCCCUCGGCGGCGAUGGCGACGACGAGGACGACUUGCGGUCGGGACAGCAGGCGCAGAUGACGCCUGAGGAGAUCCGCGCCAAGCAGAAGCGCGACCGCGAGGAGAAGCAGCGGCGGUACGACGAGGCGCGGGCCAAGAUCUUUGGGGAAUCGGCGCCCUCGUCGAGGGGGUCGUCGCCGGGGGGCACGGGAGGGACCGUGACGCCGCCGAGGACGGAGGGGAGGGGGGCGUAUCGCGGCAGGGGGAGGGGACGAGGA